UUCAUUUCACAAAGUUUGGUUGCUCUCUUCUUGUUGUACUUUAUUUUUGUCUCUAACUCUAAAAAGUAAAUUUCCUUUAUUACCAAAGUGAUAUUCUUUUAUUAAACACACAAAAAUGAAAGAAACUCGAAAUCUACAAGUGAUAUUAUUCCUAUGGACAAUAAUUUGCUUUUAUUUUCCAGCAAAUGCGAAAAGGACUCAUGAAAUGAUGUACGAACCCAUAAGCGGAGCCAGCUGUUUCCGACGUUUGAAUGGAACACACCAAACUGGUUGCUCUUCUUCAUCAUCGGGAUCCGUGGGUGCUCUGCAUGUCGUGAAAACCAUUGAAGAUAUAAAUUUCCUUCUCAACAAUCCCCCCUCCCCGCCAUAUGCACCCGUAAUACCACCGCCAUUCUUCACCCGCACCAAUUUGCUUCGCCUAAAAAACGAAGGUGGCAAAAACAUAUCGGUGGUGAUUCUGGUCAAUCGAACCGACAACAUGACUCAAUUCAGUCAUGAGCUAACGUGUCCCAAUCAAUAUAGCAACAUAAAUAACUUUACCUGCGACGCAACUCGCCCCGAAACCCUCUGGAAUCCAUUUGGCACUGGGUUGUUGCACGAAGAUUUCCCAUUUCCAAUUUACUACGUCGCCGAUCCCGAUGAAAAGAAGAAGAUCCUCGAUUGCUUCGAUAAGUUCAACAAUUUCGAUUAUGAAACCCAAGCCACACGAUCUCUGUGCAGUGUCCAAGUGAAAACCUUCAUGUCGGCAGCUGUCAGCUCGGAGGUCUGCAUGCGGCGAACGAAUUUCGUCAACAAUCUCAGUCGCACCAGAUAUUGUGAUCCGCUCGAGGGUCGGAAUAUCUAUGCCACUCUCUUCCCGCGCAACCAAACCGAUGGCGGCAAGCGUGAAGUCGAUCCGGAGGAGAAGUUCAUCAUGGUUACCACCCGCUUGGAUACCACCUCCAUGUUCGAUGGCGUGGGAUUGGGUGCAAUGGACUCGCUGCUAUCCUAUGCCGUUCUCGUAAACGUAGCUCAUGUGUUGGCGAGACAACCCCGCCUCAAGAACGACAAAUACAACAUUCUCUUUGUGGUCUUCAAUGGCGAGACCUAUGACUACAUCGGCUCGCAGCGCUUCGUCUACGACAUGUCAAACAAGUCCUUUCCCACCCUCAGCACCCACACGAAACCCAUUGACUUCGACAACAUCGCCCUGAUGAUCGACAUUGGAGCCUUAGAUGAGAUGAACGAAAUCAACCUGCACUCCCGGCAGGACAUCCAACUGGCCACUGAUUUCCUCACCAAGAUCCGAUUCUAUUCGAAUAAAUUCCACUUGAAGGUGAAUUUCAACUCGGUGUUGAGUGAAAAUCUGCCUCCAACUUCAGCACAAUCGUUCCUCAGGGCCAAUCUGACGUUUCCCGCAGUGAUCUUGAAUUCAAAGCCUACGAAUAAGUUCUAUCACUCGAUCUACGAUGAUCAGUACAAUAUUGCCUUCAGCUAUGGCAAUACUUCGAUGGAUUUUAGUGUUCUCAUGGAAACGGACUUGGCGCCGGAUCACUUCCACGUUGAUUCGGUGCAGAUGAAGAUCCGAAAUGUCUCAUCGGCGCUGGCCUUGGGGCUGUACGAGAUUCUGUCGGGUGAAGUUUAUAAUGGAGAUAAGCUGGCAAAUCCUAUUUUGGUUGAUGAGUUUCUGUUUUGUUUCCUGCAAAUGGCCGAUUGUCCAUUGUUUAAGGCAGCCUCGCAUCCUAACAAUCAGGUUCGAUCGCCUAUUCCUCCAUUGAGGUAUAUAAGCGUCCAAGGAGCAUCUCAAGAAGCAUCUGGUUGGUCAUAUCGAUUGCUGGGAUAUGUUCUUUCACAAAAGAUCACAGAAGUUAAGAAGGAGAAUUGUACAUAUCUACCGUUGCAUUGGUUUGCCGGGUAUGACGGCAAAGGAGAAUGCCGAUUGACAACACAGAACUAUAGUGUGGCGAUGAGUCCAGCAUUUUUAAUCGACGAUUAUGAUUGGAAAUCUGGCCAAUACUCAACCUGGACCGAAUCGACAUGGUCACAACUCAGUGCAAGAAUAUUCCUAAGACCGUCCAAAACCCACGAAACAAUAACACUCUCACUUGGUAUUAUUGUUGCGAUAUUAUCGUUUUUUAUAGUUUAUUUGAUCAACAGCAGAUCAGAGGUUCUCUUCGAAGAUGCUCCAACGAGAUCAUCAUCGGCUUCGAUUGGUACUUAUGAGCAAAGCUUGUUAACAAAUGAUUGUUUUUAAUAAUCGAGAUGACAAAACAAAAAAGUGACUAUUAUUAUAUUAUUUAAAUUGUAAUAUUAUUUUAAUAUAAAUAUUGAUUAAUAAAAUAAAUGAACAUUAUCUAAUUUUUGUAUUUAAAAAUAAAAUGAGAAAGUAAAAUAAUGUGAUGACAAUCAUUUCUUGCGAAUCUUAAUCAAUUAAAAAGUUGUAAAAAUUUUAAUUUAAAAAACUGUUUUGACCUUUCACAAUUUAUUAUAGAGUUUUUUUUUAAUAAUUUAGGUUUUUAAUAUUUUUGUUUUUAUUAGCCGGUGCUAUUCAGGUACCUUUUGGAGACAAAUCGUUUAUACUAAUAAAUAGAAAGCAUCACAGUUCUGCAAAAAUUGUCACCAAACUAAAGACUAGGGAUAUCAUUUUUAUGAAAUUUUAGCCUUAGCGGGCACACCUCAUACAGGCCACAUAGUGGUCACAAUGUGUAACUCAUUACCCCACGAUGAAAAACCUGAAAAACCCAAUUUAACAAGAUGUGUGGAUAUUUUAAAACAUUUAGCUUAUUUUAUCAUGUCAGUUGAGGAGUUCUUCAACAUUUCUCAUGCUUUCGGUUGGUUAAUUUAAAGUCGAUUUAAAAAAUGUGUAUUUGUAUUAAACAAUGGUUACGGCCAUACUGGAAAAACUAAAUUACUCCAGGCCUUAUGAAACUUCUGCUUAAAUCAAAGCUAUGAAUUUUGUUUAGCUUUUCCGUGUAGCGAAGACACUUCUCAAACUUGCCUUUUACGAGUAUCAUUAGAUUUGAUUUGUUGUAUUAAUUUGAAAGGUUUAAAACCUUUGUAAUAUUUUGUUUAUGGUUAUCAAAUUGCGCUUUUUCAAAGGGUUUUGGUGAUGUGGUCCCGAAUAGUACAUUUUUAAAGGUUGCAUUAAACUCUAGACGCUUCUUCUUCGCUACCAUAAGUUUCAUUGGGCAGGCUCAGACAACAUAAGGGACUUCAUUUGCAGUCAAAUGCAUUCAUUGAACGUACAUUUUGGCAAUCACAUGCUAGAAACUUGCCUUCCUUUAAGUCCCUUAUGUCGCCUGAACCUGCCCAUUAUUAAUUGAGUUCAGAUGCAGGCUGUAAUAAGGCUAACUAAAUGUUUCUACUUUCUUUCCUUAAAUUAACUUAUUAUUUAUAAAAGUUCAAACUUAUUUAAAAGCUUUAUACAAAGAUCUAAAUAUUAAAACAUAUCUAAGGUUUGGACUUAAAAUGCUGAAAAAAACAUAAUUUAACUGCAAUCAAUGAUUGCAAUCAUUUGAGACUUGCGUUCUUUGUAUUCACUUGAAGUCUUUGUAUUCUUAAGUUAAAUUUCAAUACAUACUUUUGAAAUUUGGAUUUUAAUAUUUUAGCACCUACAAAAAUUAGUAUGGGCAACUUUUCAAUAUUUUGUGUAGUGAAAUUUCACUUAAGAAUGCAAAGAUUUCAAGUGAAUGUAAAGCUUGGAGUAAAUGCAAACUCUUCAAAAAAAUGAAAUGAUUUCAAAAGAAUGCAAAGUGAAUUCAAAAUUUAUAAGUAAACCGGCCCCUUCCUCAGAAGUAUCAAGAGACUAUCACACCUUCAGUUUUGGGAGACACCCGUAGGAUCAGAAUGCAUUCUUACGCUCGCUUUUGGUUCUUUAUUAGCAUAAAACAUGCUCCCAUAUCCAAAAUGCAGCUUAAACAUUGUCUACAUGUCUCUGACCUUAAAAGCUGAUUCUUUUUGCGAGAUCCGGUUUUAGUACUGGCUUAAGUUUUCUAAGUCCAGCUUUAGUAAGUCUUUACCACACUUCUCUAAAAUAAUUUGUAUGGUACACCAAUGCCUAAAUAUGUAGGUACAAGGUAGCCUUAUUUUGGCGUCACUGAGCUUAAUGACUUGACUUCGUAUCGGUCGUUUAUCACUUUUUUUAAGCAACUUGAAUUACAUAUUCCUACAAAAUAAAUAAAUUAAAUGAAGGAACAGCUCGGUGAGAACUAGGGCCUAAUGACUUACAAUUUUCAACUAUUCCUGUGUGCAAAUCAUGUCAGGAAUAGAGGGGACCUACAGUCAAAUCCGAAUGCCUUAUUUGAGAAAGCAAGAAUAAAUACUUUUGGCCGAUUUUUCAAUUCGUCGCAAGAAAAAGACUGUAGGUUGUACAGGCAGGGAUUGAAUCCGAGGCCUACAAUAACGAUUACACCAAGGGUACUACAUAUUCCCACUUAGUACAGAACAAUACAAAAAGCUCUCAAUUUUUAGAACUUGUUUACCGGAAGUGGAUAAUGAAAUGUUUGACCAACAUUUUUCAAACGGCUCUGUAUAUUUCACAAACCCGACGUGAUAGAGCGAUUUCAAGGUGAGGUUCGAAUUUUAGAAACCACCAAAAUCCCUUGGAAAAGCAUUUGUUGUAUUUGUACUUCAAAAUAAAAGAUUGAUUUUGUAAAGUUGUACUUUCAAAAGUGAGAUAUCGACAUGCCUAUAUGAGUAUUGAAAAAAGGAGACCAACCAACUCAAAAAGCAAUAUUUGGCUUUUCUUUCAGCUUGGUUAU